UAUUGGAUGUCUUGGGCCGAAUUAUAUUAUUUUUACAUUGACAAACAAUUCCUACAAGGCGUUUGAUGCAAAGAGUGAGUCUUUAUACCUAAAUAUCUCGCCAAAUUACCAGUUUAUUCAAUAAAGUCAUACUAUUAUUAUUUUAUAUGUUUUUUUCAGUUUGCAAUAUCAUUAUCACGACGUCACUGUUGCAGGAAAACUUUAAUUUUUUAGGGUUUAUGAUUUUCAGAUUGCCAGUGGGCUUUGCAGACAUGUACAGGACGUUGCUGCCGACAGGGGACAGCAAAUCUCUAGUUGAAUGCGUAAAGCCGAAUGAACACUGAUUGGGUCAACUUGCAACGGGCUGCAAAAGAUUUAAAAUGCAGUCUGUCAACGCCGUCUCUCUUACUCUCUCUCUCUCCCCCUCUUUCUCCACAGCCUCUCAGCUUCCCUGUGUCCACCGCGCCUAAGAAGACGAUGGCACGGCUCAGUGAUGCGUAACCGGCUCUGGUGUCAUUCUGGACACACAUCUCUGAUUUUUGGAGCUAUGCACUUUGAUUGGAGGAUUGAUUAAUCAGUAACAGGCUCUUGCCUGCACAGCCCACCUGCAUCAGUAGCGCUAUACUUCUCCAACAUGCACAGGCUGUGCGUCCUGGUGGUUCUGUGCUGUGCCUUUUACGCACGGUGCUCUGCUGUGCCAAGGGCCGUUAAUAACACGGCACCGGAGGUCGACGACGACGACGACAACCCCAGGCUUCAGGAGGAGACCGACGACCAGGAGAACAUCCUUUCGAAGCUGCUCGGUGAUUAUGACAAAGUGAAAGCCCUGUCGGAAGGCUCAGACUGUCGCUGUAAAUGUGUUGUCAGACCCCUGAGCAGGAGCGCCUGUCGUCGGAUAGAAGAAGGCAGCGCCACGGCGCAGGACUUCUACACCGUGGAGACCUUCACAUCUGGACCGCAAUGCAAGUGCGCCUGCAUCGCUCCACCGUCAGCGGUCAACCCGUGCGAGGGCGAGUUCAGGCUGAAGAUGUUGAAGCAGGCUGGGAAAGAAAACGUCAAGCUCUCCACCAUCCUGGAGCUCCUGGAGGGGUCCUUCUAUGGCAUGGAUCUCCUGAAGCUGCACUCCAUCACCACCAAGCUCCUGCAUCGAGUGGAUCAUAUCGAAAAGGUGGUGACUCUGCACAACGCCACAGAUGAGGUGAAGUCCCAGGAAGCCCCUCCCACUGAGGCGUAUGUCACUGAACCCCUGCCCACCACUCCAUCACACCAGCUUCAGGACAGAAGGAGACCCAGUGAGGAAAAACACGAGGAGGACAAGGCUGAGGAAAAUGAGAAAGAGACAAAGACAUCUGGAUCUGCUGGUAUCUCUGAGGACAAACCUCAGGUGACCCUCAAAACCCUGGCCAACAAAGAAACCUCCCAGGUGUCCAAACCUGGUCCCAAUGGCAUGAUCAUCCGAGGAAUGACUUUCUACAAAUCUGAGCCGGACCCGAUGGUGGCAGAUGAUGGAGAACCUGGAGAGAACUUUUUUGAGUAUCACGGGUUCAGUGGUGACGGCCCUAUUAAUCUUUUCAUCGAAGAGAAUCUUCUCCAGCACACCAUCCCUCGUCCCAGGAAAAGGACGGGGCUGCGAACAUUUCUCUCAAGAACGGCGAUUCCUGUACACCAUUUCAAGAAGAGCAGUCAGUCAGCAGUUCCAAAAGGAACCGAUCUGACACCGGACAAUCGUAACACGUCUGUCUCCACCACUGAAUCCACACCACUACGGUCCACAGACGUAAACACAGACCCAACAACAAUAGGGAAUAAUGACAGGUUUGAAAGCAUCGGUGCUUCACAGACAACAACAGACACAACAACAGCCAUGACUCAGAGUCUCAGUGCUGGAACCAGUAAAGAAACCAGAACCCAAAGACAAGCCAGCGUUCUUACAAGUUUUACUGCUGAGCCAACAACAAAAGUGAACAGAAAUCCCCCAGUAAUGGUAACCACAGAGAAAAUCCUCCCAGCAUUCACAGUAACAAACACAGCAGCCUCCACCGUGGGAGUCACCACGCUGGAGUCCAACCAGCAAAUACAAACCAGCUCAGGCAGAACUACAGCUAAUGCAGCUCACUCCACACCACAUCCACCCACAGAGCCCUCGACUAUAGGCCCAACCUCCACCCGCUCCAUCACCACACAUGCUGCGCCGACUUCCCCGCAGGCUGCUACUACAACCACAGAAGAAGAGACGGGGUCAAACGUUCUCCCAGGUUCAACUCUGCCUCCGACCACACAGACAGUGAUGACUUCACUAGUACAAACCACCAGGCGCUUCAGCAGCCCUACUGUUACUGCACCCCCCACCACCACCAUCACCACCACCAGCACCACCACCAGCACCGCCCUGCAGCCUUCUCAAGUCAAACAGAAACACAAAGUUAGCUCGGAGGAGAAUGUGGAGAAACACAAAUUCACUGAGAUGCAACCGGGACAAGUGGAAUCUACAAAAAGUGAAUGUAAAGACACAUUGGCAACCAUCUCCGAACCAGUGACUCACAACAGCUACGGCAGGAAUGAGGGGGCGUGGAUGAAGGAUCCAAAGUCUGACAAUGACAGAAUAUAUGUCACCAACUUCUAUUACGGAAACAACCUCGUAGAGUUUCGCAACAUGGAGACUUUUAAACAAGGCCGAUACACUAACACCUACAAACUUCCAUACAACUGGAUCGGCACUGGUCACGUGGUCUACGAUGGAGCCUUCUUUUACAACCGCGCCUUCUCUCGUGACAUCAUCAAAUACGACCUGCGCCACAGAUACGUGGCCUCCUGGACCAUGCUCCACGACGCCCUGUUUGAAGAGUCUUCGUCACCGUGGGACUGGCGCAGUCACGCUGACAUCGACUUUGCCGUGGAUGAGAGCGGCCUGUGGAUCAUCUACCCCGCGCUGGAUGAUGAGGGUUUCCUGCAGGAAGUGAUAGUUCUGAGUCGACUGAACCCCUCGGACCUCAGCAUGCAGAGGGAGACCACCUGGAGAACUGGUCUGAGGAGAAAUCGCUACGGGAACUGCUUCAUCGUGUGUGGCGUCCUAUAUGCUGUUGACAGCAACAACCAAAGGGAAGCCAACCUGGAGUACGCCUUCGACACGCACACAAACACUCAGAUGAUACCCAGAAUGCCCUUCAUCAACAACUACACCUACACCACGCAGAUUGACUACAACCCAAAGGAGGGUAUGCUGUACGCCUGGGACAACGGACAUCAAGUCACGUACAACAUCAAGUUUGCCUACGUAGGCACUCAAUAAAGCUAGACAGUAGUUAUAUUCAGAGUUGUUAUUACGGUGUGUGUGUGGACUGUAGAUCAGUCCAACUGGCCUUCAGUGUGGAGACAAAUGUAUAUACAGAUGUUGGGUACAAAGGUCUGACUAAACCUCAGCUGUUUGUGACUGAGCUGCUUAGAUUGUAUCACAAAUGUUUCUCCUGAAAUCCUGGGUCGUAUAUAAAAAAUUUAACCUAGCCAUCCAUUCACGAAACAUGGGACAUUUACAGUUUAUGCCCCUCCCCCCCACACACAAACCCCCGUCCCCUCUGAGAACUGAGUUUACGUUCUUAAAACUUAAAAUCAUGGUUAGUUGUACAGUUCUACGGCUACAGUUUGGUUGGUAAAAAUAACCUUAUUGAAAUGUCCAUUGAAGUCAAGUCAUCUUUAUUUGUAUUCCUUCUAAUCAGAUGUGUUGUGGUGACAUGGAGAGUCUAGAAAACACCAACAACUGACUGGUUGGCACCAUCUAAAUCCAUCUAAAUCUGAACUUCUGAGAUUGCUGCUUCUGACUGUAAACAUUAAAGUUAAGGUUGUGAAGGUAAGAAUCCUCCAGGACAACACUGUAUAUAGACAGGGAGAACCUACUUGUCCUGUCCAUGGUCAGUUUUUACACCAGAUGAUCGUCCUGGGACGGGUUGAUAUCAAACCAGUGCAACUGUGCUGUACAUAGACUUAGAUUUACGAUGACAUAACCGACACAGCAGUGCUGUUAUUAUUCACCCUAACCCACACAGGUACUACAAUUUAUAUUCCAUACUUUAUCCAACCCCUUUAUUAACCCUGGCCGGGGGGCACCCUAAACAACACUCCUCGCAUCUUGGACAGGGCUGGGAUAGAACCUGCAACCCUCCAGUGAUAAUCCUCUUUUACCACUGGGCAACAUCCGAUGCUAGCUUUCCUACAGGUGAUGUUUGGACAUAUGUUCUUCUGCCCCGGAGACAUCUCAGAAAUGUCUUUAGGAACCCAAGAGUUCACUUCUCACAGCCAGAUUGUGAUGUUCCAAGUUUGGGCUGAUGUGAAGGAAGUUCGGAAUGUUCAAACCAUAUAUGGAUAUUACAAAAUAUCUUUGAAUAUUCCAAACUAUUUAUGGACAUUCCAAAGUAUGGACCUUCCAAACUUCCCUCAGUUAUUUGUUAGAUUUAAUUUAACUUCAGCUC